CGACCGGCCCAUCAAUGCAAAGGGUUUUAGCCGGGUAAGCAUUUCCAAUACCCAAAAACCCUGAAAUUUUUUCUUCUUUACAUUUCUAAAUUUCUCUGCUUUCUUACGAAAAUUUCAAUGAUUAAUUGUAGGAAAUUGAACCCUAGAACUCUCAAUUCACUCACCAGAAACUCUAGUUCUAGUUAUACCUCUUCAUUUCACUCUUUCAAUUCAAAAACCCCUAAUUUGUACACAAUUGAACUGUAUUCAUGUUGCAAAAGCUUCAGUUUUUUGAGCUCUAUAAUGGGUCUCAAUUCAAUUUCCCAAAGGCUUUCUCUACCAAAAGACCCUAAUUUUGUCAGCCCUAGUUUUAGUAGAAAUUACUGCUCUGUGAAGAACAGUGAUGGUGGGAAUGGUGAGUGGACUGAGGAGAUAGAAUAUUUGGAUGAAUCAGGGAGUGUUAUUUACAGUGGGAAAGGUGUGAGGUCAGUUGAGCCUGGUGUUGAUGACCAUGUGAUGGUGGGUGGGAUAAAGAAGCCGUUUUUGAAUGCUUCUGCUGUUGCUAAGAUUGUUGAGGUUGUGAAGAGGUGGAAAUGGGGACCUGAGUUGGAGACCCAGUUGGAUAAACUACAAUUUUUACCAACUAUGACUCACAUUACUCAAGCCUUGAAGGUUGUUAAGGAUAGUGAUGCUUGUUUGAGUUUGUUUAGAUGGGCUAGGAGGCAGCCAUGGUAUUUGCCAAAUGAUGAGUGUUAUGCGAUGCUGUUUGAUGGGUUAAACCAAAAUAGAGAUUUUGAUGGAAUCCAAUUGUUGUUUGAUGAAAUGGUUGGUGAUUCUAGUAAUAAUGGGAUUUCAUCAUUUACUGCGUAUAAUCGGGUUAUUCAGUAUUUGGCUAAAGCUGAGAAAUUGGAGGUGUCAUUUUGUUGUUUUAAGAAGGUUCAGGAUUCAGGUUGUAAAAUUGAUGUCCAAACAUAUAACUCUCUUAUUACAUUGUUUUUGAAUAAGGGUUUGCCUUAUAAGGCAUUUGAGAUAUAUGGAAGCAUGGAAGCAGCAGGGUGUUUGUUGGAUGGGUCAACUUAUGAGUUGAUGAUACCAAGUCUGGCGAAAUCAGGCCGUCUUGAUGCCGCUUUCAAGCUCUUCCAGGAGAUGAAAGAGAGGAAUUUUCGGCCUGGCUUCAGUGUCUUCUCAUCACUUGUUGAUUCAAUGGGCAAAGCUGGGAGAUUGGACACCUCAAUGAAGGUGUACAUGGAAAUGCAGGGUUAUGGGCUCCGAUCAUCUGCUACUAUGUAUUCUUCUUUGAUUGAGUCAUAUGUGAAGGCCGGGAAGUUAGAUGCUGCUCUUAGGCUCUGGGAUGAGAUGAAGAAAGCAGGGUUCAGGCCUAACUUUGGGCUGUACACAUUGAUUGUUGAGUCUCACGCAAAAUCAGGGAAGCUUGAUAUUGCUAUGUCUGCCUUUAAAGAUAUGGAGAAGGCUGGAUUUUUACCAACCCCAUCUACAUAUUCUUGUCUCUUGGAAAUGCAUGCAGCCACUGGACAAGUAGAUUCUGCCAUGAAGCUCUAUAACUCGAUGACGAAUGCAGGUCUGAGACCAGGUUUAAGUACUUAUACUGCCCUUUUGACGCUUUUGGCUAACAAGAAGCUUGUGGAUGUGGCUGCCAAAAUUUUACUUGAAAUGAAGGCCAUGGGGUAUUCUGUUGAUGUGAGUGCUAGUGAUGUUUUGAUGGUGUAUAUCAAGGAUGGUUCUGUUGAUCUUGCUCUGAGAUGGUUACGCUUCAUGGGUUCAUCAGGUAUUAGAACAAAUAAUUUUAUAAUCAGACAAUUGUUUGAGUCAUGUAUGAAGAAUGGUUUGUAUGAGUCAGCCAAACCUCUCCUUGAAACAUAUGUGAGCUCUGCUGCAAAAGUUGAUCUCAUACUAUACACAUCAAUUUUAGCGCAUCUUGUGAGAUGCCAGGAAGAGGAGAAUGAGAAGCAUUUGAUGUCUAUUCUUAGUGCUACCAAACAUAGGGCACACUCUUUCAUGUGUGGACUCUUCACAGGCCCAGAGCAGAGGAAACAACCGGUUUUAUCUUUUGUGAGGGAAUUCUUUCAGAGCAUCGAUUAUGAGUUGGAAGAGGGGGCUGCAAGGUACUUUGUCAAUGUUCUUCUCAACUAUCUUGUUCUUAUGGGGCAGAUAAACCGAGCUCGAUGUGUUUGGAAGGUUGCCUAUGAGAAUAAGCUUUUCCCAAAGGCAAUAGUCUUCGAUCAACAUAUUGCUUGGUCCCUUGAUGUUAGAAACUUGUCAGUGGGAGCUGCUCUUAUAGCAGUUGCACACACCCUCCAUAGAUUCAGAAAACGCAUGUUGUAUUACGGUGCUGUCCCAAGACGCAUUAAAUUGGUUACUGGACCUACCUUGAAGAUUGUGGUCGCACAGAUGUUGAGUUCAGUAGAAUCUCCUUUUGAGGUCAGUAAGGUGGUUCUAAGAGCCCCUGGAGAUUCUGUCAUGGAGUGGUUUAAGAAACCAAUUGUUCAACAAUUUCUUCUAAAUGAGAUUCCAUCAAGGUCUGAUAUCCUCCUGCACAAGCUGAACACACUUUUUCCCAGUUCAGCACCUGAAAUUAGAUCUCUGUCUCCUCCCAAGCCUCUAAUUGCAAGGAGAGCAAUGUAAACAUAUCUGAUAUCAGUUAUAGGCCUUGUAUUUGUGAAAUAAAACUGUCAAGGCAGGCUGGGAAAUUGUGACAACUGCAGGUCAAAACUCUCCCCCAGCCCCAAUUAAAUUUUUGAAAGAGGGGAAUACAAAUGAAAUCUGCUUCUCCUGGAUGCCUUACCUCAUAAGGUGGCAUUUGACUCAUUGUGCCUCAGCUGCUUUAUAUCAAGAUGCAUAUCUUUCUGUUUGUUGCUUGGCCCAUGACACUAAAUUGGCCUGCCCCACAACUUCCAAAGUCUGUGUUCUUUUUCUUCUGUUACUCUGUUCAAGAGUGAAGUUGACAACUUUUUCUCUGCACUCAAGACUGCCAAAGGCUUGUUCUUUAUUGAGUCAAAUAUAGCUGCAGCUACUGACGAUAAGCAAGUUACUCCUAUUGGAUUUGACAAUAUUUCCUGAUAUGAUUGAGUAUGCCAAAAAUUUGGAUUUGAAUAUCCCUGUAGGGGCAACAAAUUUAGAUGCUUUGUUCCACAAGAGAGAGUUGGAGCUUAAAAGGUACAGUAGGAAUUCAGUUUUGGUUUAUGUUCAGCUUUAUUUUUAGUGAAUUUAAUUUUUUGUUCUUGCGUUUGAGUAAUGUCCCUGAGAAGAAUGGACAUGACAAAGAUUAUCCAAUCUCAUACUUGGGAUGUAAAGCUAGCCCAGUCAACUGAGUACUAAGCUCAUCAAGCUGAGCUACCUUUGCUGAAAUUUGAUUGGCUUGGGAUGUGAAGCUAGUGUGGUUAAGCCUCCCAUUUAGCUUGGUUGGUUUGUUAGAAUAAUCAAAUGGUAGUUUGAAUCAGGUGUGGAAAAAAUUUAUUUCCUCUAAUUAUAAAAAAUUGUUCAUAGAUAAAAUAUGCUCUUCUUAAAGGCUCUGGAAUAAUAGUAAAACUAGAAUGGAACGUUUUAGUUAUGAAUGAUGCCCCUAAAUUCAUCUAACAAAACCAUCUCUAUUCCAUGUCUAAUUUUAGUGGUUAUGGAAGCAACUUGGAAAGAGAGUUCCUACUUAGCGUAAGUUUCGGACAGACUAGGGAAGUCACAGGACUGGGAAAUGUUCUUGAAAUGGUCACUGUUUAAUUUGUCAUUCACAACAGCAGCUGCUUUUACUCACCUUAAAAAUUCUGGUUGUCUUAGUUACCUUCCAGGCACUCAAUAAGUUUGGAAAUGCAGGUUCCUCCCUCCACACUUGUCUAUAGUUUGCUAUGUAUAUUUAGUUACAUUUUCUAUUUCUCUGAAAUAUAUAUAUAUAUAUAUAUAUAUAUAUUUAUAUAUAUAUAUUACCUGUAUGUUUCAUCCAAUACAUUUUUGACCUCCUUCCAGAAAUGCAGAUCAAUUCACAACCUUUCAAGACUGUCAACCAUACAAAGACAAAUAUACAGGAUUUGAUAAGUCUUACAAAUAGCUUUUUCAGUUUAAUGGUACCUUUUCUCCUCUUAAAGAUGGAGGCCUACAGUUUGACUUAUUAUGGAUCGGAUUUAUAAGGGUUAUUUUGGUAACAGGGAGGGAAGGGAAAGCAGGAGAAGAAGAUGGGGGGAAUUCUGCUUUUGUCUGGACUCUGUAGAAACCGUGAGGGUGAAAGAAUCAUGAAAACAUUGUACAUCUGGGAAACAAAUGAAAAGAAUAAAAAUUUUUUAUUUUUUUUAGCUACCGUGGAAGCACAAUUAACUGCUAAGAACAUAGCUCUCAUAAGAGUGGUGGUUCUUCUUACAGGCAGAGAGGAGGAAGCUAUGUGCCUAUACCAAAAGAAAUCAAACUGGCAGUUGCAAGCCAAUUUAGAAGACAUUUGCAAGAUCAAAAGCAAUCUUGGGUCUGUGAUGUAGCUUGGAACUUGAGUUUCUUGCAGCUGUAGCUUAAAAUACCUUUGUACCUCUAAAGUCUAAACCUGGUACUAUACCAAGCCUGUUGAUGUUUUAUUCUUUUUGCCUCAA